AUGAUGCUCACCUUUAUCAAGCCUCGCUGGUGGCUCCCUGCCUGCACAAUGGCUUGGUCACUGCUUGUACUGGGAAUGCACAGGGCUGAGACUGUUAAGAGUCUAUAUAUCCUGCGGUUCUUCACUGGUCUUUACGAGUCGGGUGCUAUGCCUGGAUCACUGUACAUUGUAUGGCAAUUGAACAUCCAAAACGAAAAUGCUUACUCAGAACCUCGACAGAUCGGGAGUUGGUAUCGCAAGUCGGAGAUCAGUAGGCGGACUACUCUCUUCUGGUUCUCAUCGGUGGGCGAACAGAUGCUGUCUGGAUAUAUCCAAGCUGGACUAUAUAGGAACAUGAAUGGUCGUCUGGCUUUAGCUGCGUGGCGAUGGCUGUUCAUCCUCGACUUUUUUAUCAGUGUCCCCGUGGUCGUUCUUGGUCUUGCCAUCUGCUCUGACGAACCAAAAGCUAAGAGAUUUCUUCGAGUUGAUGGAAAGUCCAAGUACAGCACUGAGAAGGUCAACGCCAUUCCCACCGCUGUUGGAUGUACAGGCCUCGUCUGGAUGCAUCUCAGUGCAUUCAUUGCGGAUACCUAUGAGAAUGGGGCUCUCCCGAUCUGCUUUCUGGGCUGCGUACAGCUGUUCAGCUACAUCGUCCUUCUAGUCUGGGCAGACAAUGAGUCCUUCCUGAUGGUAGCUUCUUACCUCGCCAGUGCAUACAGCGCUCUGUCGCCGCUAAUAUCUGCCUGGUUGAACUCCAGUUGCGGUGGGAAGAAGCAGCUUCGCGCCCUAACCACGGGACUGAUGAUUUCUAUUGGAUAUGCCGUUGAAACAGUUGCUCAGCAAGAGAUGUUUCCUAUUACACAGGCCCCGGAGUUCAAGCAGACUCACGGAUAUGCAUUUGGGAUUGCAUGGAUAGCCGUCAUGAUUGUCUGGUGCUCUGAGGGUCUCCCACUGUUAGAGCGAUAUUAUUCAAUAUGCUCCUCAGUCUUCUAUGCUUAA